UGAAAAUUCUGAUCAUUUUAAUAAUAUUGAUGCAUAAAGGCAUAAUGAUGCCUAUACACAAACCCAGUGAAGCUCUGUAAUGGCAAAGAAACAACAAACAGCACUUUAAUUAUGUCUAGCUUUUAAAUUCUCUACCUCUCCUCCAUUAGAGCACUGCAUGAUGGAUGAUCGUGUAACAUGUCAGCUAGCUUUAUUGUGAUGUUCUGAGAUAUCAAACUCCAACAUUUCUCGUAGAAUAUUACAUUACAUGUAGGGAGAAAAAAAAAGAGGACGUCUAACAGGAUAUUAAAACAGGAUCAUUGGAAAAACCAGCACUUCCUGCAUAGUCGUGGGCCGUGAGCGUCAACAGUUCGGUGUUUUCCACUGCUAGAAACCCCGAGAGAGAAAGUGAAACUGAAGCACAGACUGAGAACUUCUCUCACAAACACACAGAAGGAUCUUUAAAGCGUGCAUUCCAGAGGCUGGUCUCUGAGAGCCAACACUCACUGAAUCUGAAUAAAUGGGAAACUCAUCAGGAUUAAACACGGACUCGAGCGAAGCAUCUCCGAUGGCAGAUGUAGCCGAAGACACGGAGGAGGACUACGACUGCCCCAUCUGUCAGGAGGUUUUGAAAAUGCCCAUCCGCACCAAGAACUGCCACCAUGUGUUCUGUAGGAGCUGUUUUCAGAUGGCGGUGAGAAGUCAGGGCCCUCAGUGUCCGCUGUGCAGAAGCCCUGUGUCCGAGAGAGAGCACAGAGCCACAGACAUCCAGCAGAGGAUGAGAGAGAAGAAGGGCAAAUGCAGAUCAUGUGGAAAAGAGAAAUUUCUCAGCAAGAUGAGGCUCCACUACAGAACCUGCAAGAAGUAUAUUGAGGAAUUUGGUCCUAUUACUGAAGCCACAGUAUCACUUCCUACCCAAACUCCUAACUUACCACAAAGCAGUGUAUUUAACCCCAACAUCCCCAUUCCUACACCCUCUAACAGUGCAGGGAGAGUGUAUGCUUGUCCUUACUGCUCACUCAUGGACCUCAGUGACACGGCCCUGGUGGAGCACUGUGUUCGCCAACAUCAUCAAGAUAACACUCCAAUCGUGUGUCCAAUCUGCGUGUGUAUGCCGUGGGGGAACCCCAACUACACCAGCCGUAACUUUAUUGGCCAUUUGGCGCUGAGACACUGCUUCAGCUACACCAGCUACAUGCAUGAAAGUGAAGAUGAAGAUGUGCAGCUCUUCUGGGCGCUGCAGAUGUCAGUCCAGGAGUUUUGAAAAAUCGUUUCUUUCUGCCUCGCCAGAGAAUCCGCACUUUAGCCGAUUGCUGAAAAAUACAUCAGUAGUAGACAUUUUAAGUCUUUUUCUUCUUCUUCUUGUUCUUCUAUUUUUAUAGAGAUUAGUGUAUUAUUGUAGACAUUUAGCUUUAAAUGACAAUUUUAAGAAAAUGUUUUGCUAAAACUGAUCAUUUUUUACGCACACAAUGCAAUUUUGAAAUUCCUGUAAUGAAAUGCUGAAUGUAAUCAUACAGUCGCUGCACAUUCGCUCUGACAUUAACAGCCUUUACUCUCCAGAUAAUAAACUGACCAUCAGUUUGCACAGAUGCCUAACUGAUGUCUUCUCAGGAAAGUUUUAUGAUUCGUACAGCAGUUUUGUGUACUCUGAAAGAGACUACAGUUUCUGACAGUUCGACACUUUUUUUAAACAGUAUUUACAUUUUUGGCAGUAAAACAUGUUAAAAACAUACUGUGAGAAAUUACAAAAUAAUCAUCUUGAUAUAUGAAUGCAGAUACAAUUGUCUUUAAUUUCAUUUAAACUGUAUAAAAUGUACAAGCCAAUAA